AUGCUAUACCUUUACUCUUAAAAUAUGAUUUGAUAAAUAAUAUGAAAGAGAAGAAUAACGUUUUGUUAAUGGAGGCUUGAAAAAAACAUGAAUAUUUUUUUUUCUAUGAAUCGAAGGAUUCAAACAAUCCCAAGGUAUCAUUUAUCACUGUAGGCAAUCCAUAUUGCAUAGUUAUAGAAACUAUUCAUUAUGGAGGAUUCAUUCAGAAAAGCUCGAAAUCAUUUUGCAACCUGGGCACCAGAGCGACUAAGAGUUCUCGAGGAGCUAAGAACUAUAAGAGAUGAAAUUCAAGAACAAGCUAGGAUUCAAUCCAUUGGAAACAUCACGUAUUCUAGUGUGGGGCUGAUUGGCGGAGGAUUGGCCAUUGCCGGUAUAGUAACAGCCCCUUUCACUUUUGGGACUUCUCUUGCAUUAACUGUGGCGGGUGUUGCUACGGGGGUGACUUCCGGUGUCGCUGGGGUUACUCAUGGGGUAGUUAAAAUUGGAAUAGUGAAAAAACAAUGUAACCAGGCAAAAGCAAGUUUGGAAAAACAUGACACAACAUGCAAAGAAAUGAAACGAUUGGUUACCUUGCUCCAAAAGGAUAUUGAAAAAUGUAUGAGAGAUGGGAAUGCAUUGAAAAUUUCGCAAGUAGGCCAAGGAGUAAAGCAAGCAGGGAGCGCUGCAAUACUCGGCAAAGGCAUUUAUAAAUUAUUGGACGACAUUUUUCCUUCAGCAAUGAAAAAUGUUUCCAAGGGGGUCACCAAACUCUCUACAGAAGCCCUUAGUGCUCUGGCUGCUGUCGGAAUCAUAAUUGAUUUGGGUUCUCUGAUUUGGAACGCAGUGGACAUGUCUAAAAUCGAAAAGGGCCAACUGUGCGCCGAGGCAGAGAAACUACAAAAAGUUAUCGAACAAAUGCAACAUGAGUAUGAUGUAUUAAAAGAAUGCUUCUGUUGAUAAAAAUACCGUUAGUAUUGAUGUUAUGUAUGUUUGUA